GGACGCUGAGCUGCCACUGAAGGUGAAAGUCUGGCCUGGCAGUCUUCCCCAGGCAAGAAGCUGUAAGGUGCAGGAAUGCAGAGCUGCAGACUGAAUGGUAACCAUAUAGAAGACUAUGAAGGACGGGAGAUAUGAACGUGGACAGCUGGAAAAUACAACCUACUGCUCUGCAGAAGUAGCCAUGCUCAUGCAUACAGAGAAAGCGUGUCAGAGGAAGGCUUCUGCUCUGCUGCUGUUACAAGGGGUUGGAUCUCAGAUUGCCACUUUCUGUGCCCUGUGGAAGAUGGUGGGAAAAAUGCUUCUCUCAUGUGUAUUGAUAACUGGGGUCUCUUCAUUCACCAUGCCACCAGAGGAGCACACAGGAGGAGAUUUUCCCUUCACCUCUCCACCAGAGGCGCACACAGUGCCUGGAGACAACUGUCGAUUUCGUGGCAGAGAGCACAAAUCAGAAUACAGGCUGGAAGGGGAGCCUGUGGUUCUGAGAUGCCCCCUCGCAUGGCCUCAUUUAAAGGCCUCUGCCAUCUCCCAUACUCUCCUGACCUGGCGUAAAACUGAUUCUCCUCAACUGAUCCCAGGAGACGAGCCAAGGAUGUGGGUGCAGGAUGACACCCUUUGGGUUCUGCCUGCUAUGAGGCAGGACUCUGGUAUUUACAUCUGCACCCUCAGAAAUGCAUCUCACUGUGAGGAAAUGUCCAUCGAACUCAGGGUUUUUGAGGGCACAGAUGCUUCCCUGCCACUCAUCUCAUACCUACAAAUUUCAACCGUGUCAGUCACCGGGUUAUUAGUAUGUCCUGACCUGAAGGAAUUCAUCCCCAGCAAAAGUGAUGCGAAGAUACAGUGGUAUAAGGGCUCUGUCUUUCUGGAUAAAGACAAUGAGAAAUUUCUAAGUGUGGGGGACCCCACACACUUACUCAUAUCCAACACAUCCACUGAAGAUGCGGGCUAUUACAGAUGUGUUGCUACAUUCACCCACAAGGGCAAGAAAUUCAACAUCACUAGGAAUAUUGAACUCCGUGUCAAAGAAACAACCAUGGAAUCCAUUCCUGUGAUUAUUUCUCCCCUAGAGACGAUACCAGCAUCUCUGGGGUCAAGACUGAUAGUCCCGUGUAAGGUGUUUCUGGGAACUGGCACACCCUCAAACACCAUUGUGUGGUGGAUGGCUAACAGCACUUUUAUCUCAUCUGCCUACCCAGAAGGCCGUGUGACUGAAGGGCUACACCACCAAUAUUUAGAAAAUGAGGAAAAUUAUGUUGAAGUGUCACUGAUUUUUGAUCCAGUCACAAGGGAAGAUCUGAACACAGAUUUUAAAUGUGUUGCUACAAAUCCACGGAGUUUUCAGUCACUUCAUACCACAGUCAAAGAAGUCUCUUCCACAUUCUCCUGGGGCAUCGCACUAGCCCCCCUGUCUCUGGUCUUCCUGGUUUUAGGGGGAAUAUGGAUGCACAGACGAUGUCAAUACAGAAUUGGAAAAACAUAUGGUCUGACCAAGCUACCAACUGACCACCAGGACUUUCCAGCCCACCCAAGUCAAAUAAAGGAAAUGAAAUAACGUGAACCUAA